CAAGAUUAGGAGUCAUUUACGACUAAGUCCCUCCCUGAUCACUAUUUUUCUCUUCUAUAAAAUCAAUCAAACAAUCACAUAACAUAGUAAUAAAGAGAAAAACAAACAAGCAAAACAAAAGAAAACUUUACAUGCAAAUUGUCUCAUGUCUACUAACAUGGAUCAAAAAAAUGGAAAUGAGACAAUUGCUUCACAUUCAACCUUUAACACGGAAACAACAACUGCAACAAGUACCAUAAAAAAGAGUAUAGGUGGAAUUGGAAGCCUCAUAAAACUACUCCCAACAGGGACAGUUUUCUUGUUCCAGUUCCUAAACCCCGUUGUCACAAAUAGUGGUCGAUGCAAAACAAGCAACAAGUACCUUAGCUCAAUUUUACUUGUAAUAUGUGGUUUCAAUUGUUUCUUUUCAACCUUCACAGAUAGUUAUACAGGAACUGAUAAAAAGAGACACUAUGGAAUUGUAACAACCAAGGGAUUAUGGCCUUCACCACCAGCUUCAACUUCCAUUGAUUUAACAAAGUAUAGGCUUAAGGGUAGUGACUUUGUGCAUGCUGCUUUGUCUUUGCUUAUUUUUGCAUUGCUUGGACUUCUUGAUACAAACACUGUGCAUUGUUUUUAUCCUUCUUUUGAGUCAACACAGAAGCAACUUCUUCAGGUUUUGCCUCCAACUAUUGGUGUGUUUGUUGGUUGGAUGUUUGUGAUGUUUCCACAACAUAGACAUGGAAUUGGAUAUCCUGUUAGUACGGAUGAUUCUCAUGAUGCCUCUAAAAUUUCCAAUGAAUCUCCUCAAAAUCCAAUCCAUAAUGUUUAGUAGUACACAAUAUUAGGCCUCUCUAGUGGUGAAUCAUCUUUAAUAUAACUUUAUAUGAGCUCUGCAAUCGGCUUUAUGGUGCAACCAUCUCGAUUAGAUUAAAAGAGAGAAAAAUCUCUCUUUUAAUUUAACAGAAACUGGAUGUACGAUAAAGUCGUAGAAGGUUCAUUUUGUGACAGUAUUUUUUGUGGGUUGAACUUAAUUAAGUAGAUUUUGUUAGGAAGGGAGUGAGUAAUUUCUUUGUAAAACACGAUCACAAACAAAUCAGAAACAGAUUGAUUUCAGUAUGAAUUCUUGUAUGUUUUUUUUUAUUUUUUUAUUUUUUUAUUUUAUGACUGCUGUAAUAACAUUUAUGAGAGAGAGCUUUUGAUUUA